UCGAUGGACAUUAUAAAGGGAAACCUAGAUGGAAUUUCAAAACCAGCUUCAAAUUCAAGAACACGUACAGGGAGCAGAAGUUCAAAUGCUUCUUUGGAGGUGCUCUCACCUGAACCAGGGUGUUUCAUGGUUGAAACUGCAAGCAAGUUGAACUUUGAUAAAGAAGACCACGCAGAAAGCAGUAAAACAGAAGAAAGAAGAAAUAGUCAUGAUGAUAAAGAGGAAAACUGCUCUGAGAAAAUAAAAUUGGCCAAGGAGGGGUCGGAUGAAGAUGUGGAUUUGGUUCAACAUCAGAUAAGCCCUGAGUGCUCAGAGGAACUGAAAUCAAAAGAAGUAGAUUUGCAACUUCAAGACGCGAUUCAGAAGAUGAAGAGACUUGAUAAAAUAUUGGUGAAGAGACAAUAUAAAGAAAAAGAAAUUAAGAAGCAAGGUGUAGAAAUGAGAAUAAAACUAUGGGAACAACUUAAGACUGCAAAAAAUAGUGAAGCUUUGCAAAGUAAUGAAGAGAUGGAAAAUACAAAAAAAUUUUUAUCUUUGACUGCUGUGUCUGAAGAAACUGUUGAUCCUACUUCUCCUGAGCAGGAAGACACUUUUUUCUCAAUGUUUGACACGCAAGUCCCUCCGGAAGAAUAUGAGAAGCAGAUGCACAGCAUCAAUCAAGAUUUUACCUAUGAUGUGGAAAGAAAUGAGUCAUUGAUCAAAGCAGGAAGGAAAUCUUCCUCAAAUUCAGAAAAGAUUGAGCCCAGGGGUAAACACAACCAGGAUUUUAUUAAGCGAAACAUCGAGUUGGCCAAGAACUCAAGAAACCCUGUGGUUAUGAUGGACAGUGAGAAGGAAAGGCUGGCUGAGCUUCUGAAGGACUUGGAUGAGAGAGCGUCGGGGCUGUCCAGUGCUGAGGGUGAUCCAUCUCAAUGGCUGGUCCCAGGAGAAGGAUACACACUUGCAGCUGCCCAGCACCAGCAGCUUGCUGAAAUCAAUUCAAAACUCCAAGAGCUCUCUGAAGCCUCCCCAGCAAUUUCCAGCUUUUCUCCAGGACUCAAAAAUCAGAUUGAUCAGGAAUCUGAACUUGACAAUGAAAAAAAUGUGGAAAUCACUCCAGGAGAAAAGGUACUUAGGAACACCAAAGAGCACCGGGAUCAGCAAAAUCGGCUGAGAGAGAUAGAUGAAAAGCUGAGAAAGAUGAAGGAAAAUGUGUUAGAUUCCCCAUCACUUCUCUCUGAGGAACAGUUAAAGUGUCUUCUGGAUGAAUGCACAUUCAAACAAAAAUCUAGACUUUCUUCAGAAAGAGGAAAUGAAGACAUUGAGGAUGUAAUACCAGAGUUCCACCAGCUUUCCAGAUGCAUCAUCUCUAAGUUACAAAAUGGGUCAGAAACAGAGGUCCAGAAAACUGAGGUAGAAGGUGCCGGCAUGCUUGAUGAUACAGAAGGCAAAGCUUCUAGAACCUACUAUCUCACCAAAGCCUUGGCUGGGCAGUCCACUUCUGAAGCUCUUGUCACUGAAGUAGAGAAUCUGAAAUGCCUCCAGUUUUCCAAGGAUGAGGUUGUUAGUGACAAAAAAGACUAUUUUAUGUCGAAAACUCUUGGCAUUGGAAGACUGAAAAGGCCCUCUUUCUUGGAUGAGGAACUGUGUGUUACCAAUGUGAGCCUUUCCUCAGACGAUGAACAUCUGAAACUCAGCCCUCCAGAGAAACCAAAAACAGGUGAGGCUUGGAGAAUGUGUGUUUUGAUGAAUCCCUUUUAG